ACCUGCAGAGUUUAAAAUAUCUAAUUCUUUUCAUGUCUCUCUCCUAAAACCAGCUACUCAAGUCUGUCAUAUUCCUGUUCCUCCCCCAGUGUUAGUCGAAGGUCAGCCUGAAUUUGACAUCCAGGAGUUCCUUGAUUCUCAUUUGGUACGGGGUAAGCUCGAGUAUCUUAUUAAGUGGAAGGGUCUCAGUCGAUGACAUCAAGGCUGAUCAACUCUGAAAGAAAUUCCAUUGAAAAUUUCCUGAGAAGCCUGGGGGUCCAGUGGCCCCCCCCCCAACGCUGCAACAGAUCGUUCCGUGUCACAAUGUCUGAGAGCUGUGCGGCAGCAGGAGGCUGGAGCUGAAGAGAGAGAGAGGGGGACGCAGAGCGCAGGGAUCAGCCAGGGGGAAAGUGAUGUGGCUGAUGUGCUGUCCAAGUGCUCCAUAGAGUUUGAUGUGAUCACCCUUCCAAUGCAGCACGUCCACAUUGAGGUGCAGCCGCUUCACUUGCUGUCAGUACACCAUGAGAGAGAGCCAGGGAGGAGAAAUCCAGCGGCGCACAAUGGAUGGUCGCCAUAUCGCCAUUUCUGAACAGGACAGGAAGUGGAGUUUCGGGGUGACUAAAGUUGACUAUGGAGACAUAUCUACCAGAUUAGGCCUGAGACAUAAACUGCAAUGUAAGCCCUUUUCCUGGUACUUAGAAAAUGUAUAUCCUGAUUCCCAGAUACCUCGUCAUUAUUACUCUUUGGGUGAGAUUAGAAAUGUUGAGACAAACCAGUGUCUGGACAAUAUGGCAAGAAAAGAAAAUGAGAAAGUUGGUAUCUUCAACUGCCAUGGAAUGGGAGGGAACCAGGUUUUCUCCUAUACAGCUAGCAAAGAAAUACGAACAGAUGAUUUAUGUUUAGAUGUAUCUAAACUUAAUGGUCCAGUCAUUAUGCUUAAGUGUCACCACUUAAGAGGCAAUCAGUUAUGGGAGUAUGAUCCAGUGGUAACAUACUUGGUGAUAACUUAUCCCUCAAAUUAUAACCUCUUCUAUACGUGAAUUGUGGUCUCCCCAAGUCCAAUUGUGAGAGUAACGGGUCCGACUUCAAUACCUGCCAGUGUCUGUUGACUAUAUGUUGUAUUUUCUUUGCCUCAAGGUUAUAGGUUGAAAUAAACCUCAUUCUUUUCAU